AUGGCACACAGACCUCACAGCAAACUACCCGAAGCCGAAGCUCCACGGCCAGGGGAGGGGGCAGGUGGUCGCCCGCUCACCGCUUUGCCCCCGCAGCCGGGCCGAGGCUCCCGCAGCCGCUGCCCCCGCCGCAACCCGCCACCGGAGCGACCCCCGCCCCGCGGCAGCCCGGCGCUGAGGCCCGGCCCGACCCUCGCCGUCCCCAUCAGGCUGGCGGUGGCCGGGCUCCCCGCGCCCGGCCCCGCAGGAGAGGCUCCUUCUCCGCCCCCGCCUUACCGGCGGCCGACGAGGGGGAAGAAGCCCCCGGGCCGGGCGGCUGGAGGCCCGGAAGCAGCGGCGGAGCUCAGAGGCGGCGGGGCUGCCGUGCGGGCGGGCUCUGCACCAUCCUCCUGCCCCGACGGCGGCUGCGGGCAGGGGACCGGACGGGCGGGGGGAGGCAGCUGCCGCCGCCGCUACCCGGACACCCGCCUCCGCCUCCUCCGCCGCCGCUCACUGCUUCCGGGGACGCAGCCGCGACCCCGCACGGCGGACGGCGGCGCCGAGGGGACAAGAUUAUGGCGGCGCCGGCAAGGCGCGGGAGGAGCCAGGGCGGCGGGGCGGGCACCGGAGGCGGGCCGGGCCGGGGCGGGCCGGUGCUGCGGCAGGAGCGGGAGGGUAAGCGGAGCGGGACCACCGCCGCUCCCCGAGGUGUUCUCCGGGGCCGGUGCAGCCCGCGGGUCCCGUCACAAAGGGGCCGCUGAUGUGUCCGAGCCACUCUGCCCCCUGCUGCCCUACGUGCCCCGCGUGCCCGCCGCGACACUGCCGGGGAAGAUCACCGCCACCACCUUCGCGCUGGAGAGGCCCCGCUGCAUCUUCGACCCGCACACCGAGGCCUCUGACACCGUUUGGUUAGUGGUGGCUUUCGCCAACGCCUCGGCCACCUUCAGAAACCCCUCAUCCCGGGCCGAUGUGCCCCUCUACCAGCAGCUGCCCACCGCCCAUUCCUACAUGACCCUGGAGCUGGCAGUGGCUGCUUACGCCUGCUCAGCACCCAGCCCCGCUGUGCUGCGGGUGGGGGGUGACACGGCGUGCGGAGGUCAGGGCACCCGGGAGCCCUGCAACGGGCCCCUGCCCUCGCCAGGGCCCUACAGGGUGAAGUUCCUGGUGAUGGGCUGCCAUGGCCCCAAAGCAGAGACGAGGUGGUCUGAUCCCAUCCUCCUGCAGAGAGCCGGCAGCCCGGGCUCCAUCGACCCCGCGCCCGCACGUCGAGGCAGUGCCGUGGUGGUCAUCGCCUCCGUCCUGGCCAGCCUGGGGGCUGUGCUGGCCGCAGCCGUGCUCGGAGCCGUGGGCACCAAGGUGUGGGGGUCCCUGUGCCAGAGGGAUUCGGGAACCAGCGCUUUCUCCUGCAAGUCAUACAGGACCCACCACAUCCCCCCGGCCCUGCCGCAGCCCCUGCCCCCCAGCUGCAGGCAUAGGAACUGUUCCCUGGGGAAACGAGCCCAACCUGUUUGCCCUCGGCCCGUGGCCAGCGCAGGAAUGUGGGCGGUUGGCAGCUGCAGGCGGGCCCCUGGGGACAGAGCCCGGGACACCCGCACUCACUCCUGCCUCGGCACCCGCACCAUGCUCCCGCUGCUCCUCCUGCUCCUGGCGACAGCCCACGGCCUGGAAGAGAUCCCGUACACACCGAUCCUGGCCAGCUCCUCCCUGGGGGGCCUGAAAACCGCCUCCACCUUCCUGCUGGAGCAGCCCCGCUGCGUCUUCAACGACACCUAUGCCAAUGCCAUUAUCUGGCUGGUGGUGGCCAUCCCUGAGGCCGUACCCACCUUCAACAACAGCUUGGGGCCGGGGACCCCUGAGAGGGCAUUCCAGAGGUUUCCCACCAGUGCCUCUGCCUACAUGACCCUCAACACCACCUUGAGCAACUACCCCUGCCCCACACCCACUGGGGAGAUCACGGUGCUGCGUGUGGGCAGCGAGACCAGCUGUGCCAAUGAUCAGACGAGACCCACCUGCAACGGCCCCCUGAGCAGCCCUGGGCCGUACCGAGUGAAGUUCCUUGCUCUGGAGGACUCCAAGCCUGUGGCUGAGACACACUGGUCGAAACCCAUCACCCUGAGGACAGCCAAGCAGCUCAGCAGCAUCUCCACGAUGGGCGAUGGGCACAGCGCUGGCAUGAUCGCUCUCACUUCCAUCCUCUCCAUCCUCUUUGCCAUCCUGCUGGCCGGCCUGCUAGCCAUGCUGGUCUUCUAUGGCUCAGACGCCUGCGGCGGCAGCAGCAGCUUCAGGAAGCCAGAGGCGGUGAUGGUGCAGCGGUACAACACCCACCACGUCUAUGACCAGACGGCUCCCCGGCUCUGAGCCUCCCCACAGCCACCCCCCAGCACCACCCCACCUCCUCGCCCGCUCCCACACACCCACAACUGCCCUCGCCAUUGCACUACCAGUGUCACAGAGUCACAGAGUGGUGGGAGUUGGGAGGGACCUCUGGAGAUGAUCCAGUCAGUGGCAGGAUGCCCACUACUGCAGGGGCACAGCCAGAGCUGCCCCGUGGACUGGAAGCCAUGAUGGAGUGGGAGAUUAAAGGCCUUUCCGCAUGCUUUGUG